UCUCUCCUAAGUAUUUGUUCAGUCAUUGCUCUGUUCCCUCUCGGUUUCCGAGCCUCAGAGAUUAUCAUCAAGAAGAAGAAUCCAGAAUCAAGAAAGCACUUAAAAUUGUUGUUACUCCUCGUCGUCUUCCUCUCGGAGAUUCUCUGGUUCUUGGAUGAUGAUGAUGAUUCAAAGGACCUCCCCUGCUUUAAAGCGACGAAAAGUCUCUUCUUUUAGAGAUAUUCCACAUCUUAAUGUCAAAAACGAGAUUGGUAGUGAUGAUGUUGCUGUCAUAAGUGAGCCAAAAGAGGAUUUGGAUGAUUGUGAAGAUAGCAAAUGUGUUGGUGUUGCUCAUCACAGGACCUCACAGGUCUCUUCUGUUAGAGAUCUUCCACAUUUCUCUGUUAAAAACAAGAGAAGUUAUGAUGUUGCUGUCGUAAGUGAGAAAAAAGAGGAUUUGGAUGGAUAUGAAGAUAGCAAAUGUGUUGGUGUUACUUAUCACAAGACCCCCCCUUCAUCACAGGUCUCUUCUGUUAGAGAUUUUCCACAUUUUACUGUUAAAAACAGGAGAUGUGAGAUUGGUAGUGAUGAUGUUGCUGUCAUAAGUGAGACAGAUGAGGAUCUGAAUGGUCAUCAAGAUAGCAAAAGUGACGGUGUUGCUUGCCAUGAUUACCAUAAGCCUAAAGAAGACGAAUCAUUUGAUUCGAUUAUGAAGAAGGCUGGCUUCAAUGUAGCAGGUAAUGGUAAUGUUGGGAAUGGGAAAUAUCCUCCAGCUAGGAGGAAUGUUCCUCUACUUUCUAAAAGUAAAGUGAAACCUCUAAGCUCAGAGGAAGGUAUUAGGCUAAUGGCUUGUCAAAGCAACAGAAGACGUUCUUUUAAUAACUUUCAGAGGCAUCCUUUAGUGGUAACCAAAGCUGUGCAGAAACAUCGAUACUCACCUGUGAAGAAGAAGUUGAGUAAUGCAAGUGCUUUUAGAAUAAGAGCCAAUGCUGUGCAGCAACAUAGAUACUCACCGGGGAAGAAGAGGUUGAGUAAUGCAGCUGCGUUAAGAGCAAUGACCAUUGCUCAUAAACCAAUUCGACACAGAGAUGAAAGACAGUCAAAUCAUCAUGGAGUCAGCUCGGUUAUACAACAGAACCGGAUCACCAAAGAUCUUAGUCCACGCGAGAGAGUUCUCAAGGUGUUGCGUCUUUUCAGACUUGUGCAUGCUGAGUUUGAUCGUGACAGGGUACCACGACGAGGUGAAUCAAAGACUGCAGCGAGCAGGGCAGAUUACAGAACUCGGAAGGUUCUCAUGGAGAGCGGGAUGCAAGUGAACUGUGAGAAGAUGAUUGGACCAGUCCCUGGAAUCAAGAUUGGAGAUGAAUAUCAGUUCAAGGCAGAACUCAACGUAAUCGGUCUUCACUUUAACAUGAGGGGUGGGAUUGAUUACAUGAAGAAAGGGAACACAAAGCUAGCUACAAGCAUUGUUUCAUCGGAAGGUAAUGGUUACUUCGACAGACGUGAAUCUGAUGUGAUGGUUUACUGUGGUGAAGGAAGUCACAAGGAUGUAAAAGUAAUCAAAGAUCAGAAGCUUGUUGCGGGAAACUUGGCUUUAGCUAAUAGCAUGAAGAGGAAGAAUCCAGUGAGAGUGAUCCUUGGCAAAGAGAGAUCGGACCAUAGAGGAAAAGAUUAUGUGUAUGAUGGUUUGUACAUGGUUGACAAGUACUGGCCAGAGAAAGGACCUCAAGGUAACAUUAUGUACAAGUUUAAGCUUAGGCGACUAGCUAAUCAACCUUGUUCUUGAAUGUUUAGUGUAAGAUAAUUUUUUGGUUUUUUG